AUGCCAUCGAGGACACGAGUACGAAAGGCAGACCCGCUGCCAUACCCGUCGAGGCCCUACUUAGCCCUUGGCCUCGAAGGCAGCGCCAACAAGCUCGGUGCCGGCAUUGUCCUGCACAAGCCCUUCGACCCUCCAUCCUCGUCCUCCUCAUCCGCACCGUCAUCUAUCUCCUCUCGGUCCGUAGGCCAAGUUGAGAUUCUUUCGAAUGUACGACACACCUACGUUACGCCGCCCGGAUCCGGCUUCCAGCCAAGUGACACUGCCAAGCACCACAAGGAAUGGAUCAUCCGCGUCAUAUCCGAAGCCGUCCGUCGGUCCGGUCUCGAGUCGCUCGCCGAUGUCGACUGCAUCUGCUACACAAAGGGUCCUGGUAUGGGCGCACCACUCCAGAGUGUAGCCGUGGUAGCUCGCACCCUCGCUCUCAUGUACAACAAGCCGCUGGUGGGCGUCAAUCACUGCGUCGGCCACAUCGAGAUGGGUCGCACCAUUACCGGCGCCCACAACCCCGUCGUCCUCUAUGUCUCAGGUGGCAACACGCAAGUCAUUGCCUACUCCGCACAGAAGUACAGGAUUUUUGGCGAGACGCUCGACAUUGCCGUCGGCAACUGCCUGGACAGGUUCGCACGCGUCAUCGGGCUAAGCAAUGACCCGAGUCCUGGCCAGAACAUCGAAAAGGAAGCGCGGAAGGGCUCAAAGCUCGUUCCCCUUCCCUACACCACCAAAGGCAUGGAUGUCAGCCUGGCGGGCAUUCUCAGUGCCACCGAAGCGUACACGCGGGACAAGCGUUUCAAGCCGAAUCCUCGGGUCGAGCACUCCGAUGCAGCCGUCGGUAGCCUAGCCAAUGGCGAAGUGUGGACGGGCGAAGGCGGCGGAAAACACAUCGUCAACAUGGCCGACGAGACACCAGCACGCACAGAUGCAGACGUCGACGUCUCCCAGUCCGGUCCCUCGCAGCUCGACGCAUCCGUCAACACCAUCACCCCCGCCGACCUGUGCUUCUCGCUGCAGGAGCACAUCUUUUCGAUGCUCGUCGAGAUUACCGAGCGCGCCAUGGCACAUAUCGGAUCCAAAGAGGUGCUCAUCGUGGGCGGUGUGGGCAGCAACCAGAGGUUGCAGCAUAUGAUGGGGGUCAUGGCGAACGAGAGGGGUGGAAGUGUGUUUGCCACGGACGAGAGGUUCUGUAUCGAUAAUGGGAUCAUGAUCGCCCAUGCGGGCUUGUUGAGUCAUAGGAUGGGACUCGAUACGAGUCUGGAGAAGAGUACGGUGACGCAGCGAUUCAGGACGGAUACUCCCAACAUCACGUGGCGAGCAUGA